CGCUACUUUAGAAAUUCUAUUUUGUUUUCGAUACCCUGGAUUUACUUUCCCUAGCUGCAGGAUAGAAUGAUUCAAGAACCAACGAGGAGUGAAAUAUUUCAGCGUAUGGUUAAAAAUAUGCAAGUGGAACAGGAAAUACUUGAUGCACUAACAGAUCACGAGAAAGCAGUUCUGUUUUCUGCUAUUCGAUUAGAACAGAUCAAAAGAUACAAAAAAUGGGAUGCUGAUCAGGAAAUACUUAAAAAAAAUUCUGAAAAUGAUGGAAAAUCAAGCAAUACUCGACAUUCUAAACGACAUGUCAAUUAUCUGUGUGGAUCAGAUGGAAAGCUGAUUGUUACCGCAGCUACUGCACCGGAUUAUGAUAGAACUAAUUAUUCAGAUAGUUAUGGAUCUUCAGGGAAUGAUUCAACAACUUCAUCAAAAUCCAUCAUUGUUAUUAGAGAUUUUGAACGACCAGGACAACAUUCAGAAACAAGUGGUGCAGUGAAAACAUCAAUAGAAAAGUGUAUAUACACAACGAAUGUGACACUGCCAACAACUACAAUAACGAAUAGUGUAAAUAGCAGUUCAGCUACAAAUAAUGCAACAAUUACUGUGCCUUCUUCUGCUUCUGCUCCGCCUGCUUCGUCCACUACUACGAAUACAAUAGUCACAUACAAAAAUGAUAAACAGUAUCCAGAAAAUAGUAUUCGUCUAAUUCAACCGCAUAUAAAUCAAAAACAAUUUGAUUCGUCUGUCUCAGAAUCCUACGAUUCAUCAUCGUAUACAUGUGAUUCUUCAUCAUACACGAAUUCAUCAACAACUUCAUCAACAAAUUCCUCAAUAAAUAGUAGUGGUAGUAGUUGUAAUAGUACAUCAACAAGUAGAACAACAAAUUCAAGCAUAUCAGAAACACUAGUGAUCAUACCAAAUUAUCCAGCGUCUGGACAUCGUGAUGAACAAAAACACCCGUCGUCAAGUACAGAUGCCUUUCUUUUAUCGCCAACACCUUUCACACGUAGUCCAAAUAUGAAUAAUCAACGUUCAACUAAUUCUACUCCCAGUACUACUGAUACUACUAAUUAUACCCAUAAUAGUAGUAGUAUUAGUAGUAGUAGCCCUAAGACAAAUAUCAGUGUUAAUCGUGAAAAUCCCAAUACAAUACAUCAAGGACAAAAAAGUGGACAUUAUAUCUCAAUUAUAACAUCAUCAAUACACGAGGAUAAUAAUAAUACUUCCAAGAAAGAUUCAACAAUUAAUUCAACAAUUAUUGUCUCGCCACCACCACCAACAACAACAACAAUCAUACGAAGUAGACAGUCGAACGCUAUUGAUUUCUCAUCAUCGGGACAAUCAUCAACCUAUGCAAAAAGAAACAAUAAUACCAUUAUCAAUAUUGACAAUAGGAACAAUGCGAAAAAUGUUGACUGUGUCUAUAAUGACAGUGAUAAUGAGGAUGUUGAUGGCGAUGGUGAUGCUGACGAUGUCGACAGUGACGACGAUGAAGACGAAGUUACCAUAAACACUAACGAUAAGAUUCAUAUUAAAAGUAAUAAAAUCAAUUAUAUCUAUCAUGAUGAGCCGAACAAUACUGACAUUAUUCAGAAAUAUCAUAAUACAUUGAAUAAUUCUACAGUUAUUGUAACUGCUUCACCUUAUAACAAGAAUAACAGUAGUAAUAACAACAAUAACACUAGGAACAAUGUGGAUGACGGUAAUACUAGUGAUAGUCUGUCGAAGGCGGUUAACAAUAGUAGUAGUAUUAGUAUUAGUAAUACCACUUCUGUUAGUAGUACUCAAAGUGAUAAUUACCGCAUAGAGAAACCAAAACAAGCGGUUAAUUAUUAUCGUACUAACACUACAAAUAUUCAUAAUACUAGCCUUCAUAAUUCAAGAGGUUCUAAUACCUUUCAAUUAACAAUGUAUCCUAAUCCAAAUGAGAACAUCAAUAAUAGUAAUAGUAAUAAUAAUAAUAAUAGCAAGCAGAGAGAAUGUGUGCAAGACAGUGAUGUCUCCUUCUGUGAUAUUAUCCCAAUGUCUCCAUCAACAAGUAAAUCGUUGAAACGAUUCAUUCUGGCAAGAAGUCCAGCCAGUAGUCCAUCAAUUCUGACAACAACAUCGAACAGUGCACCACCAUCGCCUUUAAUCAAUAGCAAUAAUAAUAAUAUAAAUGAUAAAACUAGAUCACCACUUGAUUCUGUGCUGUUAUCACCAAAUACAAGAAUACAAUCGAAUCAGUUGGGUAGGAUUGGUUUCGCGAAUGAUAAAAAUAAAAUAACGUCAGCAACAGCACCACCAACAACAACAUCAACAACGGCGACAAGUCAACAUCACAAUGUUGUUACUUCAUUUUCAUUGCCUUCGAAGACAUUGUUGAAUGAGAAUGUUGGCGACGAUGAUGAGGAUGUUGACGGUGAUGGUGAUGAUGGUAGAAAUCGAUGGAUACUGACACCAUUUGCACCUUAUAAUCGAUCAAAUACAAAUUUGCAUCAACGCAGUGAAUUACACUUGCGACAUCAAGCUACACCUCUUUUAGCUUAUCAACAACACCAGCAACAACAACACAACCAACGAAUUAUUACACCAAAUAGUAAUAAUAAUAAUUAUGUUAUCAGAGAUAUUUCAACUGUAAAAUCACAGAAUAUUUCAUCAGAUGAAGAGAAUAGGAAUACAAGUUACUGGAAUUCAAAUCUCUAUAAAAGUGAUCGAGCUCCAUUAGUACUUCCAAAGCCUGGAUUUUGGACACCAGAUGUUAGAAGUUCCCGUAAAGCCUUCAAUAUAUAUGAAGAUGAUUCAAGAACUAAAGUUUGUCGAUGGUUUGAAAAAUUUGAAGCUUCACGACUACUUAUUGAUUUUGGAUUACCAAUAACUGGAUUCAGUCCAAAUUUAUCCUCACUAGCAUUUUCACAAGUACCUGAAUGGUUCCACGGAAUACUUUCUCGAGAGCAAGCGGAACGCUUAUUAACUCAAACUGACAGAAGAGGCAGUUUCCUUCUACACUUAAAUGAAUCAUUUCCAGGUUAUGUGAUAAGUGUAUACACCUCCUCAUAUUGUGAUCAUUUCCUCGUAUCGGUGAUUGCAACACAACAACAGACAAAUAAUAAUAACAAUCAGACGUCCAAUCGUGCUUUAAGUAAAAGUACAUAUCAGUUAUUUGGUGUUGCUAAUCCAGAACAAUUCACUGAUUUAAGAGAUUUAGUAAAGUAUUAUUCUGUACAUAGUUUAAGUCAGAGCAAUAGUCAAUUAUUAUUGGUUUAUCCUGUUGGACAAGAGAAUCCUGCACUUCCUGAUUAUUUGGAUAUAUUCUAUUCCCGACCAGAUCCGAAUAGCUCAACUCGAUUCUAG